AUGAUGUUAAAUCAAUCCUCAUUGUAUCAUCAUUUUCAACACUCAUCAAAGAAACGAACACUUAAGCUUUCUCAACAUUCGGAACGAUUAACGAAACGAUUGAAAUCAACAAAUGCAGCCAAGACAACACUCGAAUGUUUACCGAAUGAAUUAUUUUAUCACAUCUUUUCUUAUUUGACCGACCGAGAAUUAUUCACUUCGUUCAAUUUCUUCCCAUUACAUCGUCGUUUCAACGAGUUGAUUCACAAUCGCACAUCAAUCAACCUUCAUUCAAUUCAACGCUCGCAGUUUAUUGAACAUUUCUAUGAAAAUUCCUCGAUCAAUCCGCAAAUUCUCCGUCAAAUUCGUUUAUUCAAUACAGAUGAAACGCCCGGCUUAAUCAACUUCUUCUUUGCAAUCUACCCAUUGGAUUUAUUUUCCAAUUUAAAAAUCUUAGCUCUCGAUCAACCAGAACAAAAAGAUUUACUUAAAUUAAUGAAAUACUUUCCUCACCUCGAACAUCUAUCCGUUCGUCUUUCAACCGUAGUUCGAAUGCCAACUAUGGUCUAUACAAAUCUUUAUUCGUCCAUUGGGAAUUCUUCGCUUAAAUCGUUAACUAUUCACGAUGAUCCUGAUGAACCCAUUACAUUACCCGAUGAACUGUCCUUUCCAAAUUUAACUAAACUCAAUUUAGGAUCAUUGAAUAUGUUUGACGUUCAGCGAAUUCUUCGAGCAGCACCAAAAUUAGCUUCAUUCGCAUUCCAUCUCAAUUCUGAACAGUCGAAUCGUCAGUUCGAGCAAAAUCUGCAAACAAAUAUCACAGAACUUGAUAUUGAUGGUCCACGCGCUGAAUUUAAUCAAAUUGACAAGCUCUUGCGGCAAACGAAGAAAUUACAACGACUGAAACUAGUCUGUCGCGGUGUUAGUGCAUCGACUUGGGAAAAUUUUAUUAAAGAAAAUUUAUCAAAUUUAAUUAAUUUUCGUUUUAAAUUCGAUAUUCGUCAAAAAGAUAUUCAACUAAUCGAAUAUGAACAAGAUUGGUGGAAAACUGAAAAGAAAUGGAUUGUUGUAGGUCAUCCAUUAUCAUCAUUAAUCUAUACAAUACCUUUUAUCGACACAAAAUUAAUCUUAAAUGCCCGAACUGCCUAUCGUCAAGAGAAAUGUCCAUCAUCGAAAGUCUCCAAUGAAUACUCGCACAUUCGGCAGUUAAUUUUAACAUUGAAUCCACUCGGAUUCAAAUUAUGUCAAAGCGAUGAAAUUUACUUCGAUAAAGUUCAUUCUCUAACCCUCAUCGAUUAUAAACAUUCACAAAAGCCAAUUUCACAUUUACGAACAUUGAUUAAUCUGUCAACGGUUCGUCAUUUAACAAUUGAUCAUCGAAUGCGUUCGGGAACGUUCGUUUUACUGAUGAAAGAAAUGCCAAAUUUACGUUCUUUAUCUGGACAAGAUGUCGCUUUCUCUGCGAUCACCAACAAAUUUCAAAACGAACACGUCAUUUCGUUUCUUAAAGAGAAUAUUCGCAAAUUAACCUUAAGUCCAUUCAAACCAUGCGAUGACAUUCGUUACGUCUCGCAACUAUGCGUUAUUUUCUCACGUGUCCAUCAUUUAUCAUUGAGUAUUAAGUGGGCUGUGGAUAUUUGGCCUUGGUUAACCAAAAUUGCAAGUCUAUCCAGUGCAACUGUUUUCUGUCGUUAUGGAUCAUUCAUUGAUUUAAUCAAUGAUCCCAAUAAUCACAAAUGGUUUUUUAAUUGUACCUAUGAAUUACGUAGUCAUCAAGAUUUACGUUUAUGGAUUGAAUAG